UUAUGGAAUAAUACCACUCAAAGUGCUUAUGGGGCUAAGGUAAAUUGGCUCACCGUCUACUCUCCAAAACAAGAAGGUGGUUUAGGCCUCAAGAGCCUUGGCUUGUGGAACCAAAUGUGUAUUCUCAAGCAUAUUUGGCUACUAUUUUCUAAGGCAGGAUCAAUUUGGGUAGCUUGGGUUCAUGAGUACCUUAUCAAAGGUAGAAGCUUUUGGACACUUAGCAUACCAGCUGAUGCAUCUUGGGGGUGGAGGAAAAUCCUCAAACUUCAGUAUAUGGUGAAGGGACUUAUCCAGCACAUCCCAGGCGAUGGCACAAAUAUUUACAUUUGGCACGAUUAUUGGCACCUUUCUGGGCCAUUAAUUGAUGCAUAUGGCAUGGCCUCCAACAAGAUCUCCUCAAUAGUUCAAAUCCAAAUGCACCUCUUUGACAUGUUCCCCAAAGAAGGUGAGAAGGAUAUGGUAAUAUGGAGACCUUCAAAUUUUGGAAAUUUCAAGGUUGGGCAGACUUGGAAUUGGCUAAAGAGGAAGAAGACUAGGAAGGUGUGGCAUAGAUUGAUAUGGUUCUCUCAAGCGAUACCUAAACAUAGCUUCAUUAGUUGGCUAGCUAUUCUCAACAGGCUAAGCACUAAAGCUCAACAAAGAAAGUGGACUCCUAGCAUUGUUGACACUUGUGUUCUAUGCAAUAAUGAGCCAGAGACAAUUGAGCACUUGUUCUUUAAAUGCAGCUACACACAGAAGAUCUGGAAAACACUUAGUGCUAUGGCAGGCAUUCCCCUAACUAAUUCAUGGCAGGGUCUAUUGCAUUGGAUGGGGAAAAAGGUCAGUAGAAAGUCCUUGCAGAAUACUCUUGUUAAGUUAGCAUGGAAUGCAGCAAUGUACCACACAUGGAGGGAAAGGAACAAGAGGAUCCAUCAAAAACAUUUUAAAGCUGAUGAUGAGAUUGUCUAUGAAGUUCAGUUUGAUGUAAGGUGCAAAAUCUUGGGAUUUGCUCGACCAAAGUCUUCUCCCUUGCCUAUGGAUAUUGCUAAGCAAUGGGGGCUGGAAGAUGUCGUGAAGGAAUAGAUUGGUGUAGUUUUGCUAGUUUGUUUUGAGAGAAUGUAUUCUUGGUAGCAACUAAUUUGCCGCUUAAUUGUACAAUCAAUUUAUGGAUAAUAAAUUUCACAUUUUAUC